AUGGCCAGAAAAAUCGAAUGGACCCAAGUCGGUGUUUCCUCAGGACCCACAUUUCUUUCCCCAGGCUGGAUUUCCGGUAAGGAUAGCGAGCUGUUGUUCACGUCCGGGUGUGUUGGUAACGAUGCUUCCGGUCAAUACCCUGAGGACGUCGAAACGCAGACCAGAAACGCCUUGGAAAACCUAAAGCGAGUUUUGGCUGCCGGCUCCACCGAUUUCGACCAUGUGCUGAAAGUUCUAUUAUUCGUUUCCGAUGGAUCUACCGCUGCCACCGUCAACAAGGUCUACCAGGAAUACUUUCCCGGUAGCCCAUCUCGUAGUUGUAUCGUUGUCAGCUUUCCAGACACUAGAAUCAAGGUCGAACUUGAGUGUAUCGCUGAAGUGCCUGGUAAAUGA